ACAAAUUGACUUACAAUGAGGCAUCACAUUUUCCUGUUUGCUUGCACCAUAGCUCUUCUAGCUUCUUCCUCAUUGGUUUCAGCUGAAGUUGUUAAGCAUUCUUUUCAUAAUGACACUGAUUCAAUACCUGAACCUGAAAAACAGGAUGACGGCGUUUUGAAAGACUUGGACAUUGAAGGAAACAUUGAUUAUGGACUCAACGCAACUGGCUUAACCAGUAAAGAUUUCGGUGGUAUAUAUGCAGAUAAGCCUUUAGCCCUUAUACGUCCAGCCGGUGCCGAUGACGUUGCACGUGUAAUUAGACAAGCGUUACACUCACCAACAUUAACGGUAGCUGCUAGAGGUAACGGUCAUUCCAUUAGCGGUCAAGCUAUGGCUAAACAUGGACUCGUUAUUGACAUGAAAUCCAUGAGUGAUAAUAACAGAAUCGACGUUAAUAAAACUUCCAUGUAUGCUGACGUGGGGGGUGGAGCAUUAUGGGCUGACGUUUUGAAAAGCUGCGUUGCUCAUGGUGUGGCUCCUAAGUCAUGGACGGAUUAUCUUGAAUUAACGGUUGGAGGUACUCUUUCUAACGCUGGUGUUAGUGGUCAAGCUUUCCGUUAUGGGCCACAAACGUCAACUGUAACGGAAUUGGAAGUUGUUACCGGUAACGGAGAGAAAACCGUCUGUUCAAACUCUCAAAAUUCUGAACUCUUCUUCUCAGUUCUUGGUGGACUUGGUCAGUUUGGUAUCAUCACUAGAGCCCGGGUUUUGCUUCAAACCGCCCCGGAUAUGGUGAGGUGGAUAAGAGUGGUAUACAGUGAGUUCGAUGAGUUCACUCAUGAUGCUGAGUUACUGGUAAUGAGUCAAGAAUCGUUCAAUUAUGUGGAGGGCUUUGUGUUUGUGAACAGUGACGACCCUGUAAAUGGGUGGCCCUCAGUGCCAUUGGAUUCCAAACAGUCAUUUGACCCGACCCAUUUACCCAAAAAAACUGGCCCGGUGCUCUAUUGCCUUGAAGUGGCCCUGCAUUAUAGCAACAACCCAGACCACCAUCCCUCCACUUCCACUGUAAAUAUGGUGGUCGAGAAAUUACUAGGGCGAUUGAGAUUUAUAAAGCACUUAAGGUUUGAGAUCGACUUGACUUACAUCAAGUUUUUAUUACGAGUAAAGCACGUAGAACAAGCGGCUAGAGCUAGUGGUAUAUGGGACACGCCUCAUCCAUGGCUUAACAUGUUUGUUUCUAAGAGAGACAUUGCCGCAUUCAAUCGAAUUGUGUUCCAGAACAUCUUAAAAGAUGGUGUCAAUGGCCCUAUGUUGACAUAUCCUCUACUGCGUAGCAAGUGGGAUAAUCGAUCGUCAGUGGUGUUACCCCAAGGUGAAAUAUUUUACUUAGUGGCUUUGCUAAGGUUUAGCCACGCACAUCCAAAAGAGUCUGAAAUAAAACAGAUGGUAGCACAGAACCAAGAGAUAUUACAAACUUGUAUCAACAAAGGAUUUGAUUUCAAGUUGUACCUUCCGCAUUACGAGUCCACUGUUGAAUGGAAGAAGCAUUUCGGGGAUCAAUGGGGAAGAUUUGUCGAGAGAAAGAACCAGUUUGAUCCAAAGGCUGUCCUUGCACCUGGCCAAAAAAUAUUUACUAGAAACCGCCAACUCUAAUAAAUAUACUCCUAUUACUUUUGGGGUCUUUUUCCUUUUCAUUGGAUAUUGCAAUUGUUACGAAACAACUCUAAAAGAAUGUAAAUAAAAACGUUGAAGGAUGUUCUCAUC